GGAGCUCAAGAGCUGGGACAGCUGCUCCACCCUCUUCCCCUAUAGGCUCAGGCCGAGCCCCCUGGGGUCAUCUCCACAGGGAACCAGAGCUGAAAACUGUCAGCAACCCAGCCCCGCCACAGCCCAGCCCACAAGCAGGAGGGAGGGGAGAGGAAGAAGAAAAAGAGAGGGAGCUCAUCCUGAAGCCGACCUCCUAGGCAGGGAAAGGCUAGUACAAAGUGUAGGACAGGCUCCAACAAGGGCUCCCUCUGGCUCCCCCUCUCGAUGGUAAUUUGACACUUGCAUCUCUAGGACGACCAACAACAAAAAAGCUGGGGCUGGGACAGCAGCUGGCUGUCAGCAGCAGGAGCUGUCGCUGAGGAAAGGUGCCCAGGGGACCAGCAGUGGGACAGGAAAGCACCGUCCACGAAGACAGAACAAGGUGGUGGCCAAGGGCCCAGGAAGGCACACAGAGGCUCUAUACUUGGACACCCUUCUUGGCUCCUCAAUACCUCUGUUUCCAGCCCGCUGGAGCUCUGGCAGGAGUGCACACAGGAUGGCGGCCACAGACUUUGUACAGGAGAUGCACUCUGUGGGUGAGAGGCUGCUGCUGAAGCUUCGAGGACUGCCGCAGGCUGAGCCCGUGGAGCUUGUGGCCUUCUCCGUCAUCGUCCUUUUCACAGCCACUGUUCUGCUGCUGUUGCUGAUAGCCUGCAGCUGCUGCUGCUCACAAUGCUGCUGCCCUGAGCAGAGAGGCAGGAAGGUCCAGGUACAGCCCAUGACCCCGCCAUGAGGGACGGUACAGACACCAGAAGAGAAGCUGGAAAGGAGACAGCCAGAGCCAUGACACAGGCCGUCAGCUUGAGCCUGCAGUUCUUACCUCUCCAGACAAAGAUACCCUGGCCUGUGCCAGGACACUGAUGCCUGGAGCCUUAUCAAGAAAACAAGGUACAAAACCCAAUCUGCCAGUGGACCCUGGAUGCUGAGGAAGAGCUGACUGUUUCAGACUCAGUAAGUCACCUGAGUUCUUUGCCAACCUGCACUUUUUACAAAACAAAGACACAAGGGUCUUCAUUCUUUGAUGGAGAACAGCCCACAUGUGUGGGCAGCUAUUCCCUGGGGUUCUGCUGAUCCAUGCCAAAGAGGAGUGAGCCAAUCAGAGGGGUUUUGUGCAAAACUACAGGAUCCCAGGUUCCCUGACAGGGGGAACAUGUUUAUUUCUAAGUAAAAGCUUUUUGGUUAUGUGUUUCUAAGGCUGGGCUGGGCUCCAUGCAAUAGGACGGUGGUGCCAGAAUUCUAGGGGUGUGGACAGUGACUGUUCUUUAUAGGCCACAGCUCUGUCUGUGGCCAUGAAAGCUGGAAAAUUUCACAAGGAAUGCCAUGCAGGCAGCAAUGCCAUGAAAACAGUGGAGGUGCAUGGAAACAUUCCUAUCAUGAAUAGCUGUUAACAAGCACUGGCUGCUGGAUGCCUACUCUGCUGAGUGACGGAGGCUGUUUGCUUCAGGGCAGGUGCUAGGCCCAGGAAUGCCACAGCCUAUAACUUCUACCUGCACAUUCCAUACUAGCCAGCUCAGGCCACUGGAUCUUCCCAAACUUUUGGAGCCAGAGAAGAAAGGUUAGCUCCUAGUAUGGUCUGAUAAAGUUUUUGUUUUGUUUUGUUUGUUACUGGGGAUCAAACUCGGGUCCUUGCGCUUGCGCAGCAGGCGGCAAAACCACUGAGCUAAAUCCCUGGCCCCCUAGUAUUGUCUGUAACCUGCAUCCUGCACCUUUGGUCUUGUCUCCAUUGUAUGAUGACUGGGCUCACACCUAGAUCUGCCACUUAUCAGGUGUAUGACUCAA